AUCGAGGCCCCCGCCCCCCCUAGCGAAUCAAAUCCUCUUCUUCCUUCUUCCCCUCCCUCUCUCCCCGGCCGCAGCGCCGAACGCGCACGCAUCCUCCGCCAAGCCUAGCACGACGCCGACCUCGACGGAAUCCUCCUCUCCGUCGCCCUCCUCCUCCACUCAGCCGGGUCGGCAUUGCGCGAAGAUCCAUCUGGGCCUGGAAUCCUCGUUUUUGUGGUCACAUAAACUUCUUGUUCUUUGUAGUUGAGGUUGAAGAUUGUUCAAAAAUAUGGAGAUCCAGACUUCGGGGAAGCCCAUUGAUUUGCUGAUGGAGAAGGUUCUUUGCAUGAACAUUCUGUCUUCUGAAUACUUUAAGGAGCUAUAUAGGCUAAAAACCUAUCAUGAAGUUAUCGAUGAGAUCUACUCUUGUGUCGAACACGUGGAGCCUUGGAUGACUGGCAAUUGCAGGGGCCCCUCCACUGCAUUCUGUCUUCUCUACAAGUUCUUCACCAUGAAGCUUACUAUCAAACAGAUGCAUGGUUUGUUGAAGCAUCCUGACUCCCCAUACAUUAGAGCUAUUGGUUUCUUGUAUCUUCGUUAUGUUGCAGAUCCAAAGACUCUGUGGACAUGGUAUGAGCCCUAUUUGAGGGAUGAUGAGGAAUUCUCCCCUGGAUCUAAUGGCCGCGUGACUACCAUGGGUGUUUAUGUCCGUGAUCUUAUACUCGGACAGUAUUAUUUUGAUAGUCUCCUUCCAAGAAUUCCUCUUCCAGUAACUCGUCAGGUAACAGCCAAUCUUGAGAAGAUGAAAUUGCCUACCAAGCUUUCUGGAGCGACUGGAGACUCCAGUCGUCAGGGAUCAGAAGAUACUGCACGUCGCCCUCCUUCUGUGAAAGCCUCUCUGUCAGUUUCCUUCGGACAGCGUGCUCCACACCGGGCUUCCACCAGAGACUCAUCCCCUGUUCGGCGAACCAUCACCCAUGAUGAUACUCGAAGAUCGUACUCACCAUCUCAUCGCAGUGGUAGUCGCGAGGGUCCUGACCGUGAUCGUUCUGAUCGAGAACUUGACCGUUCUAGCCGUGACCUGGACCGUUCGAGCCGGGACCAGGAACGCUCAAGCCGGGACCGUGAUCGUGACAGGGAUAUCAGAGAUUAUCAUCGACGCGAGCGUGAUAGCAGGGACCGCGACUACUACAGGUCCAGGCAUUCAGAUGAAAGACGAGACGACAGAAGGGAUCGUGAAAGUAGCAGGUGCAGGCGCUCUAGCUCUCGUCAUAGGAGCAGAAGCCGAAGCAGGGGCAGGAGGAGCCGAAGCAGGAGCAGGAGCAGGAGCAGGAGUCGGAGCAGGAACGAGCAGCGAUCCAGCCCAUUCGGGGAUGGACAUAAAGAGAAGGCAGCCACAGUCUCAAGCAACCUAGCAAAGCUGAAGGACCUGUACGGUGAUGUUACUGAGAAGAAGGAAGAUGGCGAUGCUGAAAAGCUUCGCCGCGAUUCAUGCGCUGAGGAGGUCAUCAGGUUAGGAGGCCCUAGAUGGAGGUAAAUACAGACCUGUAAUACCGUGGUCUCUACCUGUCAUUGUGCUGCGUUGGUUGAGUCUUGAAAAGCUACUUGUUCUUAGACUUGCUAUUGCUGAGGGUUAUUUGGAAUCUUGACUUGUUAUCACUUCGAGUAGUCAUUAACGGAUACUUCAUAUGCUGCUCCCAUGCAUGAUGCAUCUGGAGAUAUUGGAACACACUGUAACUGUAUAAACACUUGGUAUCCCGUGCUUUGUGCUUGCCUGAUGCUAAUGCAAAAUGAAGGUUAAAUGUUUCAGUUUCA